UCCUCAGUUACCCAGAGAAAACCCUACGUGACCUAUAACAGCACUGCCACAUUGCAAGCCAACCCGAUGGCGUCCUCUACUGCUGUGCCUGUAGGAUUUCACUAUGAAACAAAGUACGUAGUUCUCAGCUACCUGGGACUUCUAUCCCAAGAGAAACCACAGGAGCAUCCUCCUCCUUCAACUGAAGGGACUCAACAACAGCUUAUGGCACAGUAUGCUUUGGAGAAAGAGACUUUGGAGAAGAUUAAAAUAGAAAUCGAGGAGGAGCUAAAACAUCUUGAUGAAGAAAUUUUGGAAGCAUUUACCACUACAGGAUUUGACUGCCACACAUCCCCAGUGUUCAGUCCUGCAAAUCCAGAUAGCUCAAUAGAAGACUGCCUGGCUCAUUUGGGGGAGAAGGUGUCCCAGGAAUUGAAAGAAGAUCUGCACAAAGCACUGCAGAGCUUGCUUAGCAAGCCAGUGACAUAUCAAGAAUAUCGAGAGUGCACACAAGAGACAGCUGCUCAUGCCAGUGGAUGGAACAAGGUAUUGGUACCUCUGGUUCUGCUACAACAAUUUCUGAUGGAGUUAACCAGACGGGGCCAGGAACCACUGAGUGCACUUGUGAACUUCGGGGUGACAUAUCUAGAAGACUAUUCUGCAGACUAUAUCAUUCAGCAAGGAGGAUGGGGGACGGUCUUUACUUUAGAAUCUGAAGAGGAAGAGUACCCUGGGCUCAUUGCGGAGGACAGUAAUGACAUCUACAUUCUGACCAGUGACAACUCGGGACAGGUGAGCCCCCCGGAGUCCCCCACAGUGACCACGUCGUGGCAGUCAGAGAGCCUGCCCGUCUCCCUGUCAGCCAGCCAGAGCUGGCACACAGAGAGCCUGCCAGUCUCCCUGGGACCCGAGUCCUGGCAGCAAGUGGCCAUGGAUCCUGAAGAAGUCAAAAGCCUGGACAGCAAUGGGGGAGGUGAAGAGAGGAGUGAGAACAACUCUUCCAACUCAGAUAUUGUUCAUGUGGAGAAGGAAGAGAUACCAGAGGGGAUUGAGGAAGCAGUGGUGUCAGCCGUCACUGCAGAGACCAUGCAGGCAGCCUUUUCAGAAACACUUGCUUCUUUGCAGGAAAUAAAGCCUCAGGCUGAAAUUGCUGCUAUUGAAAAAACACAUCCCUCUGCACUUCUGCAUACAAAACAGGAAGAAAAGGGAAAAGCAGCUGAAGAGCUUGUUGAACCUGAAAUCCCCCUAUUAAGUAUACCUGUCCUAAAGUUAGCUCCAUCAGAAGAAAAAGCUGCACCAGAACCUGAGAAAAUACUGCUUCCAGGGGAAAAAAAAGUGGGGAAAGAGGGCUGUUUGGAAGAAAUAGAAGAGAAAUCUUCCGCUGCAGAGGAGAAGCCUAUCUUAUUGCCGGAAGGGAAAUCUAUACUGCUGUACGGUGGAGCUGCUGCAGUAGCUAUAUUAGCUGUAGCAGUUGGCGUAGCGCUGGCGCUUAGAAAAAAGUAAUGGAGCUCUCUUGAGGAGGAGGAGUGGGGAGAGAGGAGAGAGCACGAUCCAAUUUUUGUAGUUGUGUUACCUAAAGGUUGAGCUGCCUGCUGUUUAACUGGACAUUUGAGUAACUUAAAGGUGAUGGGGUGAGGUCAUUUAAUAAGCCUCCAGCUAUGGACAAUCAUGUUUUUAGUAGAAUUGGGGUGGGGACUGGUUUUUCGUGAUUAAAGUACAGGGGUAUUUUUAAAAAAAAAAAAAAAAAAAAGGAAAUUUAAGAACUUAAGUGCAGGUGCUGAAGAAAGGGAGGCUCGUACUCUAGGAACUGGAAAAAGAGAACCACCAGGGGAAGAGGAGAGCCAGCUGCUGCCAACCCCUGGAGUUUUUGGCUUCUCAGACUGACCGCUAUUGCAGCUGCGCUGUCCUGUCACUUCCCGUCAUGCCCCUGAGCCCUCCCUAACAAAUGUUGGCCAACCUGAGUCCUGUAGCGAGAGGCUGGUCUCCCUUUUGUCUCAGCUUCCUCUCAGGUACAGCACUGCUCCUCGUAACCUCGCAGGUUCCUCCUAAACCGCAGUGGGAGAGUGCUUAUUCUUACCUCUUUGCUCACACCAGUUUUGGCCCCUAACAUAUAUUGGAGCCCCACCCUGUAAAGAUGCUGCCUCUCUAUAGCUGUAUUAUCUUUGAGCAUCCUGGUGCUCCUGGGGGAGAGGUGCAGGACAGUGCUCCCGCUGCCCAGGAGGGUGGGAGGGACACUGCUAUUUGCUGGUUUGAGAAUCCAUUUGCUCCGCUCCUGCCUGGCCCAUGUUACUGCCACCCUCAGGUUAUCAGAGGUGCAAAAUUCAUGCUGGACAUGGUGCCGUUCUGAUCAGUACUCUGAUACCAUGGUAUAUUCAGCAAAGAUACAGCAAAACUAUGUGGAAGCGAGGCCAGUGCCUCCUGUGCAAUUCAAAGGUUAAAUGCUAUGCUGUCCUGUGUCACGCUGCAGUCUGUAUUCUCUUUCCCAAGUUAAGCACAGAGUGUAUUUAGUUCUAACUCGGUCUUGGCUGUGACAGAAUCCCAGAUACAUAAAGCAAUGGAUUCUAGUAACUGAGCAAACCAGCAUUAAACAUCUCCUCUGUCUGCCUGUUCCCUGACCUGGAGUGUUGUUCAGUGCUGUUUCUUUUGCGACUUUGUAUCUCUAUAAUCAGCUAAACUUACAGGUUCACAAAUGAUGAGAAAGGUACCUGGGGGGGGGAGGGAGGGGGAAGCGCCCUCUUCCUGCAGUCAUACUUCAGGUGUGUGUGGAGAGAAACCUUUUCAGUAUUGCCAUAGGCAUUAGGUAUGUCGGAUCCAACUGCAAGUGUUCCUCUUUUGGUGCGUGUCUCUGUGUCUGUCCUUGUCUGUACCGCAGCUCUGUGGGCAAGGCCUUAGGCUUUCCCAGCAAAACUACUGACGCAUCUCUUGAGCAUUCAUGCUGGCACUGUGGCUUAGACCAGAUGGAGGCAGGUGAAAGGGAACUCGGGAUAAUGUAAUAAUCAAAAUCUGAGCUUACGGGAAACUUACUCUUCAUAAAGCACAAAGACAAGGUACUUUAUUUCUCAAUAACCUUAUCUAGUGUACGUCUCCUGAUGAACUUGUACCUUAAGUGAUCUGAGAAUUAAGAGAUUAAUUUAGCACAUGCUCUUAUUUUAGGAUUUUCAUGCUACAUUUUCCUAUCCCACCCCAUAUCCCAGGAUGCUGGGAAGUCAGUAAGAACCUGGCAGAUCUGAGGAAUGCUUUUUGUUUUAAGCUUUUAUGAGAGUGGAUUUUCUAGAAGACUUCUUGGAUUUUGAACUACAUGUAUGAAGUUGAAUAUUAAGAGGCAGGAUUGUCACAUAUGUCCUGCUGUGUGGACUGAACUCGGGAGCUCUGGACUUUACUGUUGAUCAUUGCUCUUUUUCCAUGUACAAAAGGUAGCUGGUUGGCCUUAACAGAAAAAGAAACCCUUUACUAUGUUGCAAAAUGGAAUUUGACUUUUUUUUUGCCAUUUCCUGGUGCCCUGCUGGUACUCCCAUUGCUGUGCUGUGUGCCCAGAACGGGUCACGGGGACCUUCUCAUGCCAUGGACUCUCCAGUGUCUGCCUUCCCACCACUGCAGUCCCCUCUCCUGGCCCCUCACGGGACCUUCUCUCAUGUGGAGAGGUGUCUUUAUGCCUCUUUUGUCACAGAGGUGCAUGCAUGUUUAUAGUUUUGCUUCAUUUCACGUGUUGCAACAGUGUUUAUCAACAGGUGACACAGUCUGUGAGGGAACUGCGUUGUUCCUUAUGUGGCAAGGGCUGCUUUACAGCCCAGUAAGUCAUGGUAGGCCUGCCUCUCUCCUGCUGCUCUGCUGACGGCUGCUGUUUCUUUCCUCUCUGGUUGUGUUCUCUGGGAGAAGGGCUGUUUUUAAUCCGACCUAUGUCCUCACUGAAGAUGCACCUCCACCUCGGACAUCCCCCAUCUGCAGCCACCCCACAGGUUACACAGAAGGACCCACAUGCACUCUGGAGCAGAGAUGGAUUUUAUGGACUCCCUGUACACAGUUACCCAGAGGAGGGUGUGUGUGUGUGUGCGCGCCAGUGUUACUCUGGCUCUUCUCUGUACAUGGUUGUUUCAUAGUAGUGUCAGAGAUGGAUACAGGACAGAUGAGAAAAAAAUAAAUCCAGGCCGGCUAGGGAAGAAGCCCCUAGCUAAAGAGCCCUGUGGGACAUUAAAUAAAAAAUUUCUUCCACACAAAGCAGUGAGAGGGUGGCAGCAGUAGUGAGGAAAAUAAAUGACACUUCAAGCAUUUCCAUGGCAGGGCGAAAGCCUCAAGUGUCUGUUGUGUUGUUACAUUUAAUUGAGGAUCAGCUGCACCAUCUUUUGGUUGCUUGGUCCUUUCUUUACAUUCUUCUCAUUUUAGGGUCUUAUAGACAAUUCAGUAAGAAUUUGUACCUUCUCCCCAUCCCACUAAUCAUGCAUUUAGAAAAUCUCUUGAAUAUGUCCCUUUUGUCUGGGAACACUCCAUUAGCUAAGAGGUCAGUUAUGGACUGGAAUUUAUUCCAUGGGGAAUCCUGUAGUCAGAGCUGGGACAGGCCCUAUGAUGUCACCAAGGGGCAGAUAAGCUCAGAUGAUAGCAUUCUUACAGACUGAGUGCCAGGCUGCUUGCCCUGUUACAGAUGAGAAUUAGAAAAUGGAAGGGGUUGUCCGUUCCCCCCCCCCCCCCCCCCCCCCCCCCCCAAAGUAAUCCUAAACUGCAGGGUCUAAUUACCCCAAACCAUGUGAUGCAACCUCUCCUUAGUGGAUCUCUGCACUGGCAGAGAAAAGACAGUAGCUAUAUACUUACAAAAGGGCAUAUAGAAUUACUCUCACGUGCGUUGCUUAUCCCCUUCCCAGAAGUGCCUCAAUAUCUGUCCUUGAGUGGCCUGUACCUUAACAAAAUAUCUACCUUAGACCCAUUCUCUCUUCACUUUAUUCUUGUCUGCAGCACACCCUAAAGCUGAGAUGCUAAAACAGCAGAGGACUGGAGCUACAAAAUAAGUGUUUAAAGGAACUGUAGUGGGUGGCAUGCUAAAUAAGGACCUGUCAAGGUGCAACUUAAAAUUUCAGUUGUGUUUAAGCUAUGCUCACUUGGGUGUUGUGGCAGGGAGCUGGACAAGGUCUGUCUUCAGCAAGCAUUCCUGGCUGGGAGCAAAGACUGAAACCCAGAAUCCCUGUUACAUAAAAGCCCAGACUCCUGAGAGCUGCUUGUUGCAGCUGUGUGCUGUGAGAGCCUAGUGGACUCCUGCCUCCCAACUCCCUUAAACUUCAGAAGCGCCAAGCUAUGGGGCUGGCAUUGGCACAGCAGUGCAAAGCUGCUCAGCUAGGGCAAAACAGGAGUAUUACUGAGCACGCACAGGAAGGCAGCUUAAACUUUUGGCUUUUGUCAAGCUAGGUGGAUGCUGAGCAGGGGUUCACAAGGUGUUAAUUUGGCUGCUGAAAAAUGCUGAAAGUAACUUGGGUCUGAAAUAUUAGACCUGGCCCAGUGAAACAAACCAGAACCAAGAAAGCAAUUAUUUUCUGCAGUCUUCUGUUCAUUCAGAGGUGAACAUCAAGUAGCUGCCUGCUCCAGGUACUCACCUGUCUGAACAGAAGCUCCUAGCAUGGAGCCAAACAAUGCAGCAGCCACAGAGGUGAUCAAGGGACUGGGAAGCCUGUCAUGUGAGGAAAGGCUGAGAGAACUGGGUUUGUUCAGCCUUGAGAAGGCUUAGGGGAGACCUUAUCACCAUGUUCCAGUAUUUGAAGGGCGGCUACAAAGAUGGAGACUCCCUUUUUACAAGGAAUCACAUGGAAAAGAUGCGGGGUAAUGGGCACAAGUUACUUGUGUCCAACUGGAAUCUCCCUAGAAAAGGAAAAAUUUUCCCAAUGAGAACAAUCAGCCACUGGAAUAAUCUCCCCAGGGAAGUGGUGGAUUCCCCAACACUGGACACUGUUAAGACUGAGAUGGACAGGGUGCUAGGCCAUCUUGUCUAGACUGGCUUUGCUAGGAAGUUUGGACCAGAUGAUCCUCAAGGUUCCUUCAAACCUGGCAUUCUGAGUCUGUGAUUCAUGUUCUCUGUUUAGUAUUGCAUCUUGUUUUAGACACCAGUUUAACUGCUGGCUGAAGGUGAAGUGCUGGUUGUGGUGUUUGCAGUUGGUUGUUGCACCUGCCUUCUGGAGAGCAAAGUACUACAAGAAUCCGUUUGUGAGGGCUUGAUUUUUCUUCCUGGCUGGGGGCUGUUGUUCAGGCAUUUGCAGCUCAAGGGCUGGGUGGUGAGAGCUACAGUGCUGAGUGCUCUUGCCUAGGGCAAGUUCUUGUGCCAGAAUCCCAUUUCCUUCCUUUUCAUGUAGCUCUGAUCACACCUAGGCUAACACUGGACUGUAUUUUUAAACUGAUGAAUGCUUUCUGAUGGUCACAAAUGAAACAUUUCAUUAGUACUAAACAAGCAAGGUUCUGAAGUUUGGUCUUUCUUUUUAAUGAUUGUAGUAGACAAAAUAAUCUGAGGUCAUAAACCUUCCCUACAUUUUAGCUACAGCAGUAUGGCAAGUACUAGCAAAGCCCUAGUAAGGCAGAUCUUGUUAUUCUGACAGAAAAAGAGAAGUGCUUCUGGCAGCACAGUCUCUCAUUCACCAAGCCAGAGCAAGCCCAUGCUACAGAAUUGGAAUGUGCAAUUGCUAGGUUCUUUAGCUAGGAAAUGGGGGGGUGGAGGGGUGAACACGGCCCCAGCUGUCACACAUAGGUAGAGCCCAGGUUUUCAGUAGAAUCUCUGAUUCCAAACACAAAAUGAACUGAAAGUCAAUUCCCGUGUCUCCAACAGGCACAGACACAGUGGGAGUAGUGUCUACUCCAGCAGGUUACACAACAGGAGAAAGUGUUUCCCGGUGAAACAGGGAGAGGUGAGGCACAUUACCUCCAGGACCUAAUGAAGGCAGAAGCUGUGCAUGACUUCAACGUGGCUUCAAUUUCAGCACUAGGAAGGUUACAAGAACAGUAUUGCUUUGACUCCAUGUAUGUAUCUGUACUUCAAAGUGAAAGCUCUGUAUUGCCCUUAAAAAAAAAAAAAAAAGAUGUUGGGGGCAGUGUUUGUGAGAUUUAAGCCACCACUACUUGAUUCCUGUAGGGAGCAGGGCCCCUGGGGCUCGCUCGAGGCACUAGAGUUCCAGGGUACUCUGUGGCUGCUGACUGAACUCUCCUGUCUGGUGUAGGGGGCUGGGGAAGGAGAACGGCACCAGCUGGGAAGGGGCAGCUGUAGUGUCACCAGUACAUGCAGGGGAACCACACCGCAUCACUCAGCUCCACCUCCUUAAGUAACUCUAUCAAUUUUUUUCCUACUUAGAGCUGACCCUCUCUUGGUCUCUUAGGUAGGCUGACUUGCUUCCUCCGAGCUAGAGGUCUAUGGUCAUGCUGUAGAAGUGGGGGAGCUACUGUUAGCUUCCAGUGGAAGCUGCUUUUGAUCUCCCUGCAGUAUCUGCAGGGGAGGGAACGAACACUUGAUUUGGACAGAACAAGCUGCAGAGGAUGCAUCUUACUGCUGUACCUUUGGGGGGGUCCAUCCUAAUUUUUUAACUUACAUUAUAAGCUUUUAUUCAAGUAUAAAGUUACAACCCACUCUGACCAAAAGAAUUGCCACUUGCUUUAGGUAGGAAAGCCUAAUGGGACUGACUCUAUGUUAGGGGAGAUCUUCUACUAGGCUUCUGCUGGGUGUAGGCUUAUAGUGACAGACUUGCAGGAAUCUCAGAUUCUGUUCUCAAGAGGCCUCCCUGGGGGAAGAGACCCUGACUGGUCCUCAAGUCACCCAUUAUGCAAGGAACUGGUCAUAUUGUUCCUUUUAAUAUGCAAGUGCAGCCCUCUUGGGAAAAACUGUCUCUAAAGCUUCUUGUGCUAUUUGGUUAAUAAAAGUGUUUCCACCUUUAAAAGAAAGUUAUUUCCAGCUUCAUUGUUCUAUUUUCAGUUGAAGGGGUAUGUACAUUUUUUUCCCUCUGCUAAUGGGACACUGCUGUAAGACCAUGCCCCCAGGUUGCACUUUAAUAAAUGGUACAGUUUU